CCCAUCAUGUCUGAUCAGCCUACGGAUGUCCUCAACACAAUCAAUCUCGUCACACAAUGUCUCUGUAUUCCGGUCGUCACUCUUUUCGUCGGGUUGCGCUUUUACACUCGACUCCGAUUCAAGCAAUCGUUAGGGGUUGAAGAUUAUGGCUGCACCAUAGCAUGGCUAUUGUUCAUGGGAUACUGCGCAAUCGGUAUCGUCAUCGGCCAACAUGGCGGCGGCUAUCACUUCGAUGAACUGGACGACGCCACCAAAAUCCAAUUCAAAAAGUUUUGCUACAUCGCAACAAUCCUUUACUGCCCAAUGGCUCUCUUCGUCAAAAUCGCCCUUCUCUCAAUCCUCACCCGCAUCUUCUCUCCUUACCGCGGCAAAGUCUGGUUCAUCUACAUCUUCCUCGGCUGUCUCUGCUGCUACUACAUCGUCGCCCUCAUCAUCAAGAUCCGCAUGUGUGACCCGAUCCCAAUGUACUGGCUGGGUCCAGUGGAAGGCGGCUCCUGUCUCGAUCAAACAGCCGCACUAAUCGCCGACUCGGUUAUCUCUGUAGUUAGCGAUAUCAUCAUUCUCAUCCUCCCCCUGCCGCUCACGUGGUCGCUGCAAAUGUCGCGCAACCGAAAGCUGCGCGUUAUGGGUCUUCUCGGUGCCGGCGGUUUGGCUACUGGGUUCAGUCUGUACCGUCUGGUCCUCGUGCUGAAGGAUGGUAAUUCGAGCGAUAUGAGUCUGAUGUUCGUUCGAGUUAUCUUGUCUGGAAACGCCGAAGGAGGCGUCGGCCUAAUCUGCGCCUGUCUCCCAAUCCUCAACGUCCUACUCGCCUACUACAAAAAGACCGUCUCCGACAAAUACUACCAACACAGCUCGAACAUGGCGCUCAGCGAACGCGAACGCAAAUCCGCCCCGUCAAAGGUCGCCUCGGAAUGGGACAAGGCCACCGCAUUCGGUGACCAGAGUCAUCUGAUUUCCUUCGCUGGCGCGCCCGAGGCUAGCGAGUCUUCUUAUAACCCCGAAGAUGGAAUUCGGAAGACGGUCGCUGUUUCUCAGACUAUUGAGACUUCAUGA